UUCUCCUCAGCCAAAUAUUAAAGCAUUUAAGACUAGAAUAUAAGGAACAACAAAAGCCACUUCUUGUUGAGAGUUCAAUAAAUAGAAUUUCCCACCAAAACAUGAGUAAUCAAAUAGAUGGAAGAGGGUAUUCUCCAGAGGCACCAGAUGAAAGAUCAGAAAACUUUGCUUGCCCACAGCUCUCCCAAACCCCAAGAAAGAAGAAGAACAUCACCAAGAACAAGAGGAGAUUUAGUGAUGAACAGAUCAGAUUACUAGAGUCAAUUUUUGAAUCAGAGACCAAGCUCGAGCCCAGGAAGAAAUUGCAACUGUCCAGAGAGCUUGGGCUUCAACCUCGCCAGAUUGCUAUAUGGUUCCAGAAUAGAAGAGCUAGAUGGAAGUCAAAGCAGAUUGAGCAAGAGUACAAGACAUUAAGAGCUAAUUAUGACAAAUUAGCAUCCUGUUUUGAGUCCUUGAAGAAUGAAAGACAGUCUUUGCUCAUACAGUUGCAGAAGCUAAAUGAACUAUUGGAUCAACCUUGUGAUGGGAAUAUGACUUGCAAGGGUUUAGAAGGGAGCAACACUCUCAUUGCUACAAACAAUGGAAACAUCAAUAAUGAUCCUGAAGCACAACAGGGACUAAACAACACAGAAUUCAUGUGUUCACAAAACAAUAAGAGCAGGGACAUUGAGCACUCUGGGGAUGAAGGGCAUGAACUCCUCAACAGUGAUGAAUACACAGAUGGCUCAUUGGCAUCACCCAAUCAAUGGUGCAGUUUUCAUUCAGGUAGCCAGUUUGAUCUGUCAUCUAGCAGUUCACAGUGGUUUAAUUUCUGGACCUGAAAAUUCUGGUGUUUGCUCAAUAACUAGCUCCCUAUGCUGGAUGGACUUUCAUAAAAAAACAAGUUAGGUUAGAAUGGGAAGUUUAAGGAAGCACUGCAGCCAAAUUAAUCCAUCAUGCAUCAGAAAUGCAAGGUGGGUUUACAUCUUGCUCUGAUCUGACCAGACGGCUAAUGGCUGCUUCACACAAACUUUUGCCUCACUCAGUGCAUGUGUGUUUGUUCAGGCCUUCAAGGCUCUUCGCUUGUACACGAGAUAAUGUAUUAAACGCAUAUAGAGUGAGAAUGUCUGAAACAAUAAACCAAUCCAACUGGUGUUUUUCCUUUA